CCCCCUUCAUCUUGCUGCCAAUAAGGGCCAUCUUUCUGUGGUCCAGAUCUUGCUGAAGGCUGGCUGUGACCUUGAUGUUCAGGAUGAUAUACGUUCCUUAUGUCACGGUAAGGACUGAGAAUUAGUUGAAGAAUGACCUCCAGUGGCCUGGAGUGGGAUUAUUAUGAAUUUCAACCUGUGGAAACCAGUUCUUUAGAAUAUGCAACUCCAGGAGAAAAUUCCCCUUGGCUUCCUGCCAAUCCUGUCAACACACAUUGGAGCUCUAAUGCCAUCUCUGAUUGGUCAAUGAGCAACCACACGGCCCCUACCUCAGAAAUAGCCCAGGACCCUGUGGCCAUGAUAAAAGCCAUGAAGGAAGAAAAAAAUAAGAAAAAACAGAGAAGAAAGGCUAGGAAGAACCCUAGAAGAUCAGAGAGAGAACAAGAGGGGGAUCAGACUGCCUUGCACCGGGCCACAGUGGUGGGGAACACGGAAGUCAUCGCGGCGCUCAUCCAGGAGGGCUGUGCUCUGGACCGCCAAGACAAGGAUGGGAAUACGGCCCUACACGAAGCAUCCUGGCACGGUUUUAGCCAGUCAGCCAAAUUGCUCGUUAAAGCAGGAGCCAACGUGCUUGCCAAGAAUAAGGCGGGGAACACGGCUCUGCACCUGGCCUGCCAGAACAGCCACUCCCAGAGCACACGAGUCCUCCUGCUGGGCGGGUCCCGAGCCGACCUCAAAAAUAACGCAGGCGAUACCUGUUUGCACGUUGCUGCACGCUAUAAUCACUUGUCCAUCAUUAAGCUCCUCCUCAGUGCUUUCUGUUCUGUCCAUGAAAAGAACCAGGCCGGAGACACAGCACUUCAUGUUGCUGCUGCCCUAAAUCACAAGAAGGUGGUUAAAAUCUUACUGGAAGCUGGAGCAGAUGGAACCAUUGUUAAUAAUGCAGGCCAGACUCCACUGGAGACUGCCCGCUACCACAAUAAUCCGGAAGUUGCUCUUCUCCUCACUAAAGCUCCCCAGGUCUUGCGCUUCAGUCGCGGGCGAAGCUUGAGGAAAAAGAGAGAGAGGCUCAAGGAAGAGAGGAGAGCUCAGUCUGUGCCAAGAGAUGAGGUGGCACAAAGCAAGGGAAGUGUCUCCGCAGGAGACACCCCCAGCAGUGAACAGGCUGCACCCAGAAAAGAAGAGGCCAGAGAAGAUGUCCUGUCCGCCUCCCCAGAGCCCAAGGCGAAGGACAACAGACAGAGAAAGUCAAGGCCCAAGGCGUCAGCAUUUUCUGACCCCACUCCACCAGCAGACCAACAGCCUGGACACCAGAAGAACUUGCAUGCUCACAGUCACCCUAAAAAAAGGCCCAGGCACCGAUGUUCACCACCACCCCCUCCCCAUGAGUUCAGAGCGUACCAGCUCUACACGCUGUACCGGGGCAAGGACGGGAAGGUGAUGCAGGCACCAAUAAAUGGUUGUAGAUGUGAACCCCUAAUCAACAAGCUGGAGAACCAGUUGGAGGCAGCUGUGGAGGAGAUCCGAGCAGAGCUGGGUUCGGUUCAGGAUAAAAUGAACACAAAGCUGGGGCAUAUGGAGAACAAAACCCAGCACCAGAUGCGUGUUCUGGACAAGCUGAUGGUUGAGCGGCUGUCAGCAGAGAGAACAGAGUGCCUGAACCGCCUGCAACAGCAUUCAGAUACAGAGAAGCAUGAGGGGGAGAGACGACAGAUGUCAUUGGUUGACGAAUUAAAAACCUGGUGCAUGUUAAAGAUUCAGAAUCUGGAGCUGAAACUUUCUGGAGAUUCUAGGGCCUCUAGGACCAAAUCCACACCAUCUACUUGCGAGUCGUCUACAGGCGUGGAUCAGUCCGUGGCCACUGCAGGUCCGGUAGCGGCUUCUGACAGUUCUCCUCAGGUGGUUAGGCCCAAGGAAAAGGCCUUCAACUCCACUGCUACCCACAGACUACAGCAGGAGCUGUCUUCCUCAGACUGUACCGCGUCCCGACUGAGGAAUGUCAAGGUCCAGACAGCCUUGCUACCCUUGAAAGAGGCGGCCAAGUGUGAUCAGCAGGCUGGGCCCUGUGUUGACAGAGGCACCCAAACCAAGAAGUCUGGGAAAAGUGGGCAGACGAGGCAUCGGCCCCAGCACCCGGCACCCGGCACCGCCGGUGGGCAGCCGCCCCCGGCAGCGGGCAGUGAGCAGACUGCCUCUCAUGUUCGAGACACCUCCCAGGCUCUGGAGAUUACCCAGUAUUUUUUUGAGGCUGUUUCUACCCAGAUGGAAAAGUGGUAUGAGAGGAAGAUUGAAGAAGCGCGAAGCCAAGCCAGUCAGAAAGCCCAGCAAGACAAGGCCACCCUGAAGGAACAUAUUAAAAGUUUAGAAGAAGAACUUGCUAAACUAAGGACUAAAGUGCAGAAGGAAAAUUAGAAUCUGGGAAGUGGCCUCAGAAGGGAUUCUUGAUGAUUUCUGCUUUUGCAUCUAUAGAUGAGCUGUGCCCAAGAUGUCCAUUCUUGUGCACGUAGCAGACUUGCCUUUAAAAACAAAAAGUCAAAUUGCUGAAAUGUGCCAGGCACACGCUUUCCUGCGCCCUGAAGUUAUGAAACUUCAACAGUGACCACCAAAGCCAGGGGAAGCUUGCUUUGUGUUAGGUUUCAUUACAAACUUAAAACCUCAGUCUGGGUUCAUCUGAGGUUCAAAAGCUCAGAUUAAGUGAGCCACGCUAAGAAACGGAAAGAUGUGUAAAGCCUAAAGCCUAAAAUUCAGGAUGUGUGAAAUAACAUAAAUCAAAAGGAAGAAAAAUUAAUCCCUUGUGAACUUUAGUCAUUCAUGUGAGCACUCCUGUGGUGCCCAGAUGAGAGCAUCUUUCUGUACGAGCUAUGGCUGAGAUGUGCUGAAUCCUUUCUUGAAUUCCUAAUUCUUAAAGUGCUGACCUUUUAACCAGAUGAAAACUUACCAAACUGAUUUUGAGGAGAAAAAGAUUUUCAUGAUGUCACUAGAUCCAAUAUAUGUUAAAGUAUUUUGCAGUCAGAAGGUAUUUAAAUGAUGAGUAAUUGGCUACUAGCACUGGGAAUAUUUGUUAAUAAACUCAAAUGAGAAAGGUUCAGAUCAUUUGGUCAUGAUUUCUGUAUUUUCAGUCAAAAUACAGAAACACUACAGUUGAUUAAUCCUACCAAUUUUAAAGCAGAUUAAUGGAAAAGCAUUCACCUAACAAUUACCUGAAACUUCUAUAAGCUAUCCAUAAUCAAACCCAGUUAACCAAGAGUACCUUUCUAAAUUUGAGCUUCUCAGUCUACAUUUUAUAAAGAAAUAAGGCUAUUUCUUAAAAGUAUUUCACUUCUAAUUGUAUACGGUCAUUGAUGAACCUCAGAAGUUACCCACUGCUUUGCAGUCUUUAUGUCAAGGUAAAAAUUGUCAACUCAGUCUAGACCCCACAAUUCCCCAUCUUGUGGAGCCCCAAGGAUUUUCCUCUCCUCUGUGGAGUAUGUAAGUUGUAAAAGUAGCUUGGGUAUGUUGAAACUUUGGAUUUAGUUAUCUUUUAAGCUUCUUGCCCCUUGGUAUGUGGAAUUAUAUUCAUCUCCUCAAAAUUCCAUGUAUGCAAAGAAAUGUCAAUUCUAUUUCCAUUAACCCCAGAACUGAGAAACUGUUGUCUCUAAGUUUGAAUAAAAUGUUGCUCACAGAGCCAAAGAAAAAAAUGAUUUCCUGACAUGGGAACACCCAGAAAAACAAAGUAUGUUUUUAGUCCCUUUGUUCUUGCCUAACAAGCUCAGUUUUUGUUUUCUUAACAGUGACGAUCUAUAGAUCUAGAUGUAGGUCACCAUUAUACAACCUGGAUAGGGAAUCAAUUUAAUAUUCUCCCAAGUUUAUGUUCAUGUGCGUGUUAGUCUUGUUCCUCAGCUACUGUUAAGAACGUCUGAUUCUUCCCCAGAGGAUCUUGUUGCACUGAUAAAUGUAGAGGUACUUUCCUUUUCUCAUCUCCGUUCCUAAUGCAGAAUCACAGAAUUGCAGAGCUAGAUGGUACCUUCAGUUUUUUAAAUCUUUCCCUUAUCCAGCAUCACUGAAAUCUUCAGGAGCUUUCCUCAAUAUACAUCAGUUUCUUAAGAACUGCCAAAUACUCAGAGAGGAAAUCCUGAGAUGUUCAGUAAGUUGUGGUCUAAGCAGGAGUUCUUUUCACUUACCAAAAUAGCUGUUAUCUCAAGGAGUAUCCUUGUUGAGAAAUGAAGACAAAUUUUAUCUAGACUACGGAGUGCUGUGAUAGGAAGUAUUUUGAUUAUGCAACCCCUACUCAUCAGAAGCGGGCAGCUUACCAUUGUGAACUGGAUAUUUUUGCCAAAGUCACAGGGAAGAGACUAGGGAGGACUGAGAAGGGUCCAAGGCACCUAGUCUGACAGGUUACACGGAUCUUUCUCUACUAGAACGGAAAACCAGUAGAGGUGAGGAAACAGGAUCAGUCUGCCUCCUAACACAGAGAGAUGGCAGCAUCUCAAGGCCACUGCAAUAGCUUAUUUUAAACAACUGGGUUUUUGUUCCUUAGUAUUGUCAAAAACUCAACUAUGGGUCUGAUGUGUAUUUUUCCUUUUUUCCCUUGUGCUAUCUGCUAAAAGGAGCAAAUGCCACAAUAGUACUUUUCCAAAGAAGCAAAACUAUUAAUUUAUUGGCUGUCAUGUGGGUUGUGUUUGAAACAGAGAUUGGAGCUUUCAAUAGCUAUGGGGAAAUGAUGUAAGACACAGAAAAGUUGUAUAAUACUGCAGUGGGGUUUUUUGUUGGUGAAUUAUUGCAUUGAAUAUAGUAAAUAUCUGUGAUUAGGUUGAAUAUAGUUCUAAUCAUUUGACUUUGGGGGCCCAAAAUAAAGGAAGUGAUGUUUUCACAUUUAAAUCUUUUUUUUUUUUUCAGUCAAGUGUUGAUACUGCAGAGAUAUGUUGUCUUCUAUUUAAUAUUUUUAUUAAUUUGAAUUUGUCUCUUCCAAGCAUUAAAUAUGGUUCUCAACACUAUGGAUAUUGAAAUCCUUAUUUAAAAAAUGCAAGUAUGACUGCUUUGUUUAGUGUACAUUUUCGUUUCUGUGGUUGACCAAAUUUAUGUUCCCAGAAAGAGUGCCUUCACCCAGCUACAUUUUACCUUGUUUCUAUAGAAGUGUGAUUUCUGGUAAAUACAUUUGCUUCAAAGUAGAGGUCAGAUGCACUGCAUGAAAAAUAAAUUUUUCAGAAGCCCAUAAUAUGGAAAUACUUCUUAGUGCAAGCUUAAAUGUUUUGCUUAGUAUUUUCUAAAAGGUCAACAGUUUGAACAGAACAAAACCUCUUAAUUGUGUGCAGGCAAAAUAACAUUUUUGACAAAACUGUUCAUAAA